AUAUACGAAAUGUAUUAACCUAAACACGUCACCAGUCAUCUCUAGCAAUCUCUAGUCAGUUGACUUAUCCUGCAAGUUAAAUCAAAUUUAUUUAUUAUAAACGUGUAUUACAUUUCAGUUUUAAACAUAUGUCUAUCAAAAAACUCACAUGAUUCGUUAUAUGGUGAAGAACAUUGCUCUCAUAGUCUCGCAGGAAUGAUAUAUUAGGUUAGACUAGUACUAUCAAACUAUGUCAAAUCGGCACAUGUCUCGAUCCUGACGUGGCGCUCUCGCGCGCAUCUGGUCGCUCUCAACAUACAUCUACGAAUGAGAAACGGCAGUAAGGAGACCAUGUCGUAUCUACGCGACUGGCGACAGGCAUUGCGCGCACCCCAUGUUUAUCGGGUAGCAAACAGUACCUUUCGCAUUCAAAGUCCAUUUCUGGCGCUGAUCAUCCUUAUCUUCAGCAUACCGAUCAUCUUGCUCUCUUAUCCGUUUCUACACAGCGUCAUGUGUUCGCCACCGAGUCAAACUGUAGCCCAGUGUCGCUACUACAAGUACAACAGAACAUAUCCUACCUCGACGCCAAUCAGGACCUCCAAAGGCAUUACCUACAGAAUAGCAAUAGUUAGUGACCUUGAUCAUGACUCCAAAUUGCUGGACAAAAAAGACACAUGGCAUAGUCUCAUGAAAACUGGUAGUCUCUACUGGAAUCCUAUUAAUAAAUUUCUAUCUGUUAUUUGGGAUGAUAGAACUGUCAUAUUAUCAUCAUCGUUAUCUAUGAAGGGACGCGGAAUGGAAUUGUCGGAAUUAGUGACGUUUGAUGGCCAUCUACUGUCCUUUGAUGAUCGUACAGGGAUGACAUACUUCAUAGAAGGUGAUCAAGUUUACCCAUGGGUUAUCUUGAUGGAUGGCAAUGGCAAAAACCACAAAGGAUUUAAGUCUGAAUGGGCAACUAUCAAAGAUGAGCAAUUGUAUGUUGGCAGUAUGGGAAAAGAAUGGACUACUCCAUCUGGUGAAUUUGAACAUAACAAUCCAUUAUGGAUAAAAGUAAUAUCGCCACGUGGUGAGACACAUUCUGUAAAUUGGAUUUCUUAUUACAAACGAUUAAGGCAAGCAAUGAACAUCGAAUAUCCAGGUUACAUGAUACAUGAAUCUGCAGCUUGGAGCGACAUACAUAAGAGUUGGUUCUUUUUGCCUAGAAGAUGUUCACAUGAACGUUAUAACGAGACAAAAGACGAAACAAUGAGUUGCAAUGUUAUGCUGACUGCAGAUGAAAAUUUUGUUGAUAUUAAAGUUACUCAUGUUGGAGAUCUAAUUCCAAUCAGAGGUUUUUCCUCUUUCAAAUUCCUUCCUGGUUCACAAGAUUCUGUUAUAGUAGCAUUGAAAACCGAAGAAUAUCAAGGAAAAACUGCUACGUACAUUAUGGCUUUUACAAUAGAAGGAACAAUAAUAAUGCCCGAAAGUAAAGUAAUGGAUAAAAAGUUUGAAGGGUUGGACUUUAUAUGAUAUCCCAUUUAGAAACAAUUGCUUAAUAAAGUUGUAAAUAAUUAUAAAUACAGCCUACAUAGCUUUAAGCUUCUACAACAAGCUAAUUUCUUAGUAAAGUUGCUGAGAAAUUAAUUAAUGUACAUCAUUUUUAAUAAAUUAACAUCAUUUUUUACAAAUUA